AUGGAAGCUACAUGGCUAGGCACAUCUCUAUCUCUUCUCUUUCUCUUGUUUGCUUUCAGUGUCUUCCUCCAAAGAAGAACACAUCCCCGCCUCCCACCAAGCCCGCCUGCUAUUCCAAUUCUUGGUCAUCUCCAUCUCCUCUUGAAACAACCAAUUCAUCGGCAUCUACAGACUCUUUCUCAAAAAUAUGGUCCUAUCUUCUCCCUCCGUUUCGGAUCCCGUCUUCUUGUUAUCAUAUCCUCUCCAUCCACUGUUGAAGAAUGUUUCACCAAGAACGACAUCAUUUUUGCCAACCGCCCUUGCUUCUUGUUCGGCAAGUACAUAGACUACAACUACACCACUAUUGCUUCAGCACCAUAUGGAAAGCGGUAUUAUGGGGAAGCAGUGGAUUUCGAGGAAGCCAAGCAUUUUCGGGAAGUAAUGAGAGGGAUUUUCGAAUUGGCUGGGGCAAGGAAUCCUGGAAACUUUUUGCUUUCACUAAGAUGGGUUUAUUUUGGGGGUUAUGAGAAGGAGUUGGUGAAGAUCAAUAGAAUGAAAGAGGUGAUCUUCCAAGGUCUUAUCGACGAGCAUCGAAGUCCUACCGGUCUAGUGAAUAAAAACACUAUGAUCGAUCAUCUGCUUUCAAUGCAGAAAUCAGAACCAGAAUAUUACACAGAUGAAAUCAUUAAAGGACUUGCACUGGACUUAAUUCUUGCUGGAACUGACACUACUGCAACGACAAUAGAAUGGGCCAUGUCCCUUCUACUCAAUCAUCCAGACGUUUUGAAGAAAGCUAGAGUAGAAUUGGAUGCUCUCGUUGGAAAAGAUCGUUUGAUGGAAGAAUCAGAUUUUCCCAAAUUACAAUAUCUUCAAAAUAUCAUUUCUGAAACCUUAAGAUUGUUUCCAGCAGCCCCGCUUCUGGUACCACAUAUGUCUUCAGAAAAUAGCCAUAUAGGAGGCUUUGAUAUACCAAGAGACACAAUAUUAUUGGCCAAUGUAUGGGCGAUUCACAGAGACCCUAAGUUGUGGGAAGAUGCUACAAGUGUCAAGCCAGAGAGGUUUGAAAAUAUUGGAGGAACUGAGACAUACAAGCUACUGCCAUUUGGCUUGGGAAGAAGGGCUUGCCCCGGUGUUGGCUUGGCUAAUCGAGUAGUAGGCUUGGCACUGGGGUCAUUGAUCCAAUGUUAUGAAUGGGAGAGGGUUAGCGAGAAGGAAGUUGACAUGGCUGAAGGGAAAGGACUUACCAUGCCUAAAAUGGAGCCAUUGGAAGCCAUGUGCAAAGCUCGUGCUAUUAUCCGAAAGGUGUUCUAAAACAGUGAAGCGAUGUUUGGUUUUUGUUAGCAUUAUUGUCAUAUAUUUGUGUAUGUGUUUAUUAUUGAACCAAAAUAUGUAUUAUUUUAACAGUCCAAGAAAAAUGCACUCAACCUUUGAUUUUGUAAAA